UAACCAUUAAACAUGGACAGAGAGACAUCACAACAGACAUCAAGAGUUAGGAAUCAAACACGCCCGCAUCCAGAGCCACAAUACCGAGCACGCUCACACCAGGACUCACAGUACAGUUCAUCUGAAAACGAAGAAGAUGACCGUCGUCAUAACGCUUAUGAAAGCAUUGACAGAAUGAAGCAAUACGAGGAGGCGUUUCUACGUUCAGUAGGUCUUUUUGAUCCCACUGUUGCACAGCAAGCCACAGUACCUGUUAGAAACCUGUCCAUGAAUAGAUCCAGCGGGAAGAAUAUUGCAGGUUCAGGGGGCGGUAAACAAUCUCUCCCACACAUGAAUCCUAGCACUCUGAGGCGGGAAACCGAUCGCGAUUUUGAGACUUCGUGCCUAGCAAGGACGCCCUCUGGUUCCUUGUUUAUUCCCAGCGAUAUGCCUAAGAGAUCAGGCUCUCCUCAGCAUAAGAAUUCAGCCCCAUCAUUGCACGAUGAUAUAAAGCACCCAGACAGAGCUCCUGUGCCUGUUAUUCCCGUCCGUAACAGCGUGCGACGUCCCGUGUCUAGCCAUUUUGCUCAUUCCCGAUUACAUUUAAGAAAAACACUGUCAUCUCGCUGCAGCUGGAAAUGUACAGCUCUGAUUUUUAUCUUUAUUUCGAUUGCUCUUCUUACAGCUUUAUCGUAUUUCAUAGUGGUGAACCUACGAUAUGCCAACAGACAACCAUGCCCAGUAAUGGUGGAUGAUAUGGAUUCAGUCGUACAGGGACCAGGGUUAAAAAGUACGUAUCAAGAUCAGAAAGGUAAAUUGUGGCUCUUUUCUAGUCCCCAAGUCAGAAAUGUACGCGAUGUAACCCAAGAAAGAAAGUCUUCUGAAAUAGAACCUGGGGAUACUUCAGUUGCUGCCACAAAUGACGACUCGGUGGAUGAAAGCAGUGGCGAUGCCACCUUUGAAAAGACAAAGGAAAAUGAAACAAGCCAGAAUGACUAUGGUCUCUUAGACUUACAAGCUGAUGAACUAUUGUCUGUGACCAGUAAUCUCCCUCCUAGUAAAGAUCAAAGUAAUGCCCAUAGCGUAAAUAAUAACGAUGACUCUCUUCCAGCACCAGCGAAUAUGGAAGUAUCAGCUAAUAAGGCGCUGCAGCAUGAUGCAGCCGCCAAUCCCAGGGCAGCAAAUUCUGAUUACAAUGCUUCCGGUAACCAAAUACAAACUGUUCUAAAAAACCCCGAUGUAAUUAAGACUCUCACCUUUCCACCUGAUCCUGUUGAGCCUAAAAAGUCUGAUUUCUCUGUCAAUUUGAUAGAGUUACCAGAGCAUGAGCAUGCACAAGCUGUUGGCUCAGGCAAGCUUCCUUUGUUUAUCAUUCGCAAUCCCAAGUCGACGCAACAAUUUGGAGGCAAGUCUUCAGGAGGAUUAAGUGGAAGUAUUUCUUACACUCCUAAAACGGUAACGAAACCAAAUGAAUUAGAUUCUAAACCUUUACCAGUGUCAACGACACCUCCUACUACUGCACAAACUACCAAAACAGAGGAAGAUGUGCCUUCUUUCAGCACUUCGUACAUUGGCAUACGCCGAGAAACCAUACAAUCACCAAUCACCAAACCAACAGAGAAAGCUCCUGUAUAUUACACAGUAGAAUGCUGUCCAUGUCCUAAACCACUAGCCAACACGGCAAAAUCUGAACAAACAGAGACCAUUACAAAACCUUCAAGUUCACAAGAAAUCUUAAUUUUCUCAGAAGAAUCAGAAUCUGAGUUAAAUUACACAGAAUUAACUAAAUCAAUCACACCACUCCCAGUACCGUUUGUUUUAGGCACCAUAAAUGCGUCAUUACCUGAAGAAUUAGAGAUUUUCAAUUCUACAGAUGAUUCAAAACAUCAGAACAGUUCGAUAACAAAAUCUGAGUAUUUAGGUAAGAAUACCUCUAUUUCAGAAACGCCAUUACCAAAACCUGAGAUGUUAUUAUCUGCAGUAUUGAAUUAUUCCAUAGAAUCAAGCACGGAAACGACAUUAAACACUACUGCUAAUGCAUCUGAAGUUAUAGACACUGCAACAUUCAUAACAGGUACAGAUAUAGAAGCCGAAAAUCGAACAACCGAGAUUUCCGAAGCAAUUACAUUGCCAAUUCAGAUGGAAACUACAACAGAGAGGAUGACUGUUAAAGGUGCGAAAGAAGUGACUCCUACAUCAUUCGGUAUAUCACCUUCACCAGCCAAAAUAAUACCACCAGAGAGUGACACAUUUUCGGAAGUAAGACUUGGAAGAAGAAACACCAGGAAAGUUUCGUCAUUUGGGCACUGGAAUGUUCAGUUUCAUCAACGAGAAGCUGCUUUGGUCAAGUUUAACUUCUCCGUUCCCGCUGGCGCAAGUAUUGGUGUUUACGGAAGAAGAAAUAGCGUUCCUUCUCACACGAGAUAUGAUUUUGUUGAAAUUCUUAGUCCCAAAAGCAGGAGAGUAGAACGGUCUCUUAAAGAAGCUUACAACAUGGAGUUUAUUCACUUUCUUGACCCUGGAUUGUGGUAUAUUUCUGUUUAUAACGAUGGAGAGAAUCCAGAGGUUUUGUCUUUCGUGCCCGUUAUAACAGAUCAAUCAAGCCUACCCUGUCCCUAUGACUGCCACGGUCAUGGAACGUGCGACAUGGGCACAUGUGCUUGUGAGCCAGAUUACGCAGGAGACUCCUGUGCUUAUAGGGUGUGUCCGGUUCUCUGUAGCGGCAGAGGUCAAUAUGUUUCUGGAGAAUGUAUAUGUAAUCCUGGAUGGAAAGGAAAAGAGUGUCAGCUAAGGGAAGAUGAAUGUGAGGUUGCAGAUUGCAGUGGACACGGAGACUGCGCAGACGGAACUUGUCGAUGUUUUCCUGGCUAUAAAGGGGAUUAUUGUGAAGAAAUCGACUGCCUAGAUCCAGACUGCUCAGGCCAUGGUGUUUGUGUCAGCGGUAUGUGCCUGUGUAGAAAAGGUUGGAAAGGAGCAGACUGUAAUGAACCGGACAGCGAUGCACUGCGUUGUCUUCCAGAUUGUUCAGAGCAUGGUCAAUUCGAUCUUGAGCUUCAACGUUGUGUUUGCGACGACCAGUGGACAGGACCCGACUGCUCCCAAGAAAAAUGUGAUCUCGAUUGCGGCCCAAAUGGAAGAUGUCAAGAUAGACAAUGCGUAUGUUUAGAGGGUUGGAGUGGAACAAAGUGCAUGGAGAAAUUAUGUGACCUUCGAUGUGCUGAACACGGACAAUGUAAAAACGGAACUUGUCUUUGUAUUCAAGGAUGGAAUGGCCGUCAUUGCACUUUGGAGGGUUGUCCAAAAAGCUGUAACAGUCAUGGAGAAUGUUUAAUGAUUGGUGGUGAAUGGCAGUGUCGUUGUGAAUACGACUGGGACGGAGUGGACUGCAAUGUCCCAUUAGAAAGAGUCUGUGACGAUCGCAAGGACAACGACAAUGACGGACUCGUAGAUUGUGCUGACAGUGAGUGCUGCAGGAGUGAAGAUUGCAAGGACAACCCUCUUUGUUUUUCUGCUACAGACCCAUUAGAUAUUCUUCUCAGAAAGCAGCCUCCUGCUGUGACGUCUUCUUUUUUCCAAAGGAUGCAGUUUUUGAUUGAAGAGGAUUCAGUUCAGAGCUAUGCUCGAGAAGACGCUUUUAAUGACAGCAUGUUCUGGAAUCACUUUAACGCAAGUCGUGCUUCCGUAAUCCGAGGGCAAGUAGUAAGUUCAUCUGGCAGUGGCUUGAGGGGAAUCCGAGUUGGAAUAUCGACAGAUCCACUAAUUGGUUUCACUGUUACUAGAGAAACGGGCUGGUUUGACCUCAUGGUAAAUGGGGGUGGAGCUGUUACACUGCAGUUUCAACGUGAACCUUUCAAGCCACAUGAACGUAUUGUUGUUGUUCCAUGGAACGAAAUCGUUGUCAUGAAUAAAGUAACCAUGACAAUUCGUGAAGAAAAUGCUGUCGACUACAAGUCACCUUUAUGUUUGGAUCAUAACUACGACACCAUGAAGCCCGUUGUACUAGCGACAUGGAAACACGGUUUUCAAGGUGGAUGUCCUGAGAAGAGUUCCAUUUUGGCAGAAUCUCAGGUUGUUCAGGAAAGCCUUUCCAUCCCUGGUACAGACCUUCAUCUUGUCUACCACAGCAGUAGAAUGGGGGGUUAUUUAUCUACCAUUCAGCUCCAACUAACACCUGACGAGAUCCCCUCAACAUUGCGUCUUAUUCAUCUUCGAAUAUCGAUUGAAGGGAUUUUGUUUGAGAAACAAUUCGAGGCUGACCCCGGGAUUAAAUUUACAUAUGCUUGGAACAGAAGAAAUGUCUAUCGACAGAGAGUAUACGGCGUAGCAACUGCUACAGUUCAUAUUGGCUAUGAAUACAGCAACUGUCCACAAAUAAUUUGGGAAGUGCAGAACACCCAGGUCAGUGGACACGAUAUGAGUAUUUCCGAGAUUGGAGGUUGGAAUCUAGAUAUCCAUCAUCGAUAUAACUUCCACGAAGGUAUUCUACAAAAAGGAGACGGUACAAACAUUUAUUUAAAGAACAAACCCAAAGUUCUACUAAAUAUUAUGGGAGAUGGACAACAAAGACUUCUACACUGUCCAGAUUGUAAUGGUAUAGCAAAGAAUCAGCGUCUUUUGGCACCUGUAACUGUAACUGGAGCUCCAGAUGGAAGUAUUUUUGUUGGAGACUUCAAUUUAAUUCGCAGAAUUACACCUAAUGGAUUGGUUAACACAGUAGUAGAACUCAGUGACGCACAAGUAGCCUAUCGGUAUCACUUAGCUGUGGCUCCAGUGGACGGAAAACUGUACAUUUCCGAUCCAGAAAGACACCAAGUUCUUCGUGCUAUAAGUCUCAAAGACAUUGAAGAUGUUGGUAACAAUAUAGAAGUUGUAGUUGGCAGUGGCUUAAAGUGUUUGCCGGGAGAUAAACUUCUUUGUGGUGAUGGAAGAUCGGCCAGGGACGCAAAACUAUCUUAUCCCAAAGGUAUUGCGAUAUCGGCUCACAACGAGAUGUAUAUAGCAGAUGGGACAAACAUUCGAGUAGUGGACAAAGCUGGAAUCAUUCAUACCCUUGUAGGAGAUCAUUACCACAAAAGCCACUGGAAACCAAUUCCUUGCAGUGGAACAGUAAAACUUAACCAGGUGAAUCUUCGUUGGCCUACAGAACUAUCACUUAAUCCUUUUGACAGUUCUUUACAUAUACUGGAUGAUCAUAUGGUACUUAAGAUAACUCAAGAUAAGCGGUUGAAAGUUGUGGCUGGUCGACCUCUUCAUUGCCCAUCUCCAACACCUUUUCGAGAAAGAAGUGACAUUGCUACUGAGAUUUAUUUAGAAUCUCCUCAAGGAAUUGCUUUCGCUCCAAAUGGAGAUUUGUAUAUCGCCGAAAGUGAUUCGUUAAUGGUUAACAGGGUUCGUGUUGUUGGCAGCGAUGGAAGAAUAUCCCACUUUGCUGGAGCAGAAUCAAAAUGCAGUUGCUUAGAGGUGAACUGUAAAUGCUUUGAUGAGUAUCAUUUUCUUGCGACAACAUCCAAGUUUAACACCAUCUCCUCCAUAGCAGUGACACCAGAUGGAGUUCUCCACAUAUCUGACCAAGGAAACCAGCGGAUUCGAUCUGUCUCAGCAUCUCUUCCUCAACCUAAUAACUUCCAAGAAUAUGAAAUAUAUUAUCCUCAAACACAAGAAAUAUACUUUUUUAACAGACACGGGCAGCAUAUUGCAACUAAGAAUAUUUUAACUGGCAAGACAGUGUAUACAUUUUCUUAUAAUGUGAAUACUAGUUUUGGCAAACUAAGUACUGUAACUGAUGCAGCUGGUAACAAGAUCUACAUAUUAAGAGACUACAGCAAUCAGGUGAAUACAAUUGAAAAUACCCAGGGUGGAAAAUGUAGAUUAGAAAUGUCGCGAAUGAGAAUGCUUGAGAGCUUCACUACCCCAGACAACUUCAAGACAAUGUUUGACUACCACGGGAGUACUGGGCUGUUGACAAGCAAGAUUGAUAGUUCCGGAAGAGCCUACAUUUACAGUUAUGAUGAUUACGGCCGACUAACUGAGGCAGUUACACCUAGCGGUGAAAACAUUAAAUUGUCUUAUAACCUCAGCAUCAAAGGCGCUUCAGUUACUGUAAUCCGUGAUGAUAUGGAUCCGGUAUCACUUAUUAUUAAAGGAUCGGACGUUGUGACGAAAAUAGGUGACACUGAGGAUCGAAUUAUUCGACACCCAGAUGGUAGUCUUAUGAUGAUGUCGAAAGAUUCCAGUACUACAGAAAUAGAAACUGUACCUCACCCUGUUCUUUCAGAAAAGAGCCCUCUGUUGGCAGAAAUUUUCCCUGUCCCAGCCCGGUUAAAAACGUCUCUACGUGAUGACCUGUUUCAGAGAUUUGAAUGGCGUUAUUACCUUCGUAGAGAAGGCAAAGGAUGGGACCGAAAAAUAAUGCAGAUUGGCCGAAAAAUUAAGGUGAAUGACGAAACAUUGCUGUCUGUGGAAUUUGACCGUGAACAGUACAGCGAAACAGUAUACGACAAAAAACAAAUUCCACUGGUCACUGUUCACUACGAUACCCUGGGCCACCCUCUUCAGUGGAUGCCCACCCCCAAUAUCACAGCUGUUCAGCUGGAGUAUGAUCGGUUUGGGAGACUAUCACACUGGAAAAGAGGAUAUCUCUCAGAGCGCUAUUCUUUCGAUAUCCAAGGACGUCUGGCAGAAGUUCGAUAUUCUGACAACAGUGGAAUAAUGUACAAAUAUGACGAAGGUCCUAUUAGCCUGCCAACAGAAAUUAUCCUGCCAAGUGGAAGUCGUUACCUCUUGCAGUAUGAUUCAUCGGGAAGCUUACAAGCUGUGAUUACCCCCAAUGGACACAAGCAUGAAAUAGCCAAGCAGACGUCUCUCGGAUUCUAUAAACUACUUUACGUUGCUCCUGGUGUGAAACAUCCAUACGUUUUACAUUUUAAUCACCGUGGAGAUAUAAUCGCUAAACUCUACCCAAAAACUAAAGGCCGAGUAGUUUAUAAUUACGACAAGCAAGGGAAGCUAGAGACUGUCUUCUGUGGUGGUGAGAGGACGGACUAUCAUUACAUCAAAGAGACUGGACAAGUAAAAAAUAUAGUAAAGAGUGUCACUGAUCUCGACUACAGGGUAGAAUACAGGUACCACGGUUCUGUCGUAAAGGAUGAGAAGCAGCGUUACAGUAGUAGGAGUGGACUAGAUGGCGCUAAGAUCAAAUAUCGAUAUGAUGGUCGCCUUUCGUCAGUUCAAGUAGAAGUUAAUGGGAAAACCAAAACGGAAACAAAUUACCGUUACAAUAGUGAAACAGGUUUGUUGGAACAAGUAGAACACUUUCUUGUUCAUCGCCCCAAAAUAAACAGCAUUUUCAUUCAAGACGACACGAGGCACAAUUCAAAAACAAUUGGUAUUGAUCCAUAUGGUCGUAUUGCUAUGUUAGCUAUGACCUUGUGGAACAAGGAAGUUUUCUCACUCACUCUACUCUAUGAUAAUCGAAGUCGAAUCAAACAGACCCAGUCCAAAAUUGGGAAAGAUGGGUCUUUUAUGGUCACUAACUACACCUACACUAUGGAUGGAUUUCUAGAAAGAAUGUCUGGGUCUCAAACUUGGCGCUUUAUUUAUGACAUCAAUGGAAACAUGAAAAGUGUGUGGGAGGGACUUAGACAAACUUCUCUGCGAUAUGACGAUGGUGACAGACUUAUCGGUUAUGGGGAUGUAGAACUGUAUGUUGUUGAUGCUCGUGGAUUUGUUGUUCAGCGAGGAGAGGAAAAGUUUCAGUUUAACGCCAAAGGUCAACUAACAUUGGCUUUUGAGCUCCAUCAAUAUGAAGUGAAGUACUUCUAUGACGCUAAUGAUAGACUAAUAGCUCGAAAAGAUCAUCGAGGCAAUAUUACUCAAUUUCUCUAUGCAGAUCCUCAACAUUCGCACCUCAUAACACACGUACACUAUCCAAAAAAUGACCUGACGUUUGUCCUAAUUUACGACACCAACAAUCAUUUAAUAUACAUGAAGCAGGAAAAAACUAAGUACUAUGUUGCUACAGACCACAUUGGGACUCCCGUCGCAGUAUUAACACCAGAAGGAAAUAUUAUUAAGGAGAUGCACCGAACACCUUUUGGAAAAGUUACAACUGACUCUAACCCAGAAUUUUUUCUCGCAGUUGACUUUCAGGGCGGCAUCAGAGACCCUUUAACUCAACUGAUUCACUUUGGUAGUCGGGUUUACGAUCCACUUGGAGCACAGUGGUUAACUCCAAGCUGGGAAGACAUCCCAAGUUUACUGAGGAAACCAUACAACAUUCAUCUUUAUCGUUUUCACAGCAAUGAUCCAAUCAACCCAAUUCCUAAACAGGAAGCACAUCUGAAUGAGCUACCAGAAUGGUUGACUGCUCUUGGAUAUGAUAUGAGCAAAAUACUCUUUAAAACAAAUCCCUGCAUCAAGAAUUCGGGUUCGCUGAUGUUACAACAAAGUCUACCAGUGAUUUCAGGCCUGAGUUGUACAGCUGAGAUUGUUACUGAUGAGUUCUACAGGUUUAGUACUGUGCCACAGACAGAAGUAAAAGUUGAUGGAAAUUUCUUGCGUCGGAUCAAUUCAAGAAUUGCCAACCUUCCUUCAGUCCUCGGAGACGGUAUUCUUUUGUCUAGACAAAAUGAUCGCGCUAUCGUACAGAUCGUCAGUGAAGCUUCCCCAAUUCUGAGAGAUGUUGUGAAUUCUGUGUUUAAUGAUACUUUUAUGAUAGACUUCCAUUUCUCCCAUCAUGGACAAGAUUCUUUUUAUUUUGUGCAACCGGAUUUCAGUAAGGCGCAAGAGGACUGGGACCAGCUUCAACGCUUGGGUUCAAUGUUUAAUGUUACGAUGCAUCCGGUAAAAGGAAAGGAAGCACUUCCUGGUAUUCCUAAAGUGGACAUUCGAGUCCAAAGUACCAGCGUUCUCUUGAAUAUGCGGUAUGGAACAAGCCUUCAAGAAGAGAGAUUGCGUUUAGUCGUAGAUGCUAGACGUAGAGCCGUUGAAGAGGCAUGGCAACAAGAGGUAGCACUAGCUCAAAGCGGUCAUCGUGGUUCGAGGGAUUGGAGUAAAGGGGAGAGAGAAGAAUUGUUAUCUACAGGAGCUGUCCCACGGUAUUAUGGAAAUGAUGUACAUGAUACAGAUAGAUAUCCUCAGCUCGCUGACGACCCAACAAAUGUUGUUUUUCAAAAGGAAAACUCCAGAAAACGACGAGCUCGGCUCCGCAGAAGACCUGGAUAAAUUGUUAGAGUUAAUAACACCAAAAGGUGUUAUUUUCUAUUCACUUACUUUAGUGCCAUGAACACACUUGUAAAUUGAUCUGGACUUUUAUGAGAUGCACCUAUCUGUCUAUCUAUCUAUAUCUAUGUGUCUAUCUAUAUACAUAAAUAAAUAAAUAUAUAUAUAUAUAUAUAUACUUGGGACGACAUACGUUGGCCAAAUCAUACAAUACCCAAGUAGACAUUAAGAAGGAAGAGACCCAUCUUAUGAAUCCGUUAAAGGAAGUCGACAAUAUAUCUUGAAAUUGCGUAAGCGGUAGUGUGAUCGCAAAUUUUGAGAGACAAUUGAGUGCAAUGGGAACUUAGUCAAGUUUAUUAAUUUCAAUUAUAUCUGAAACAAAAUCAUUAAUGCUCUUACAGAAAGGCAACAUUUGCUUGCAAAUAUUUUUGAAAGAUUUCUGAAGCAUUACAUUUUUUUGAAAUGUGUGUGUGUUCAGAAUAGACUUAAGGGAACAUAAAUUGAUAUAAAUUGGUGUGUCGGAUGUUUGUUGAACACGACUGUCAUCGAUCGUUUACAAUGAUUAUUUAAUUUUCCACGCGUAACAAAUUGUGAAUGGAGCCUCUCGUUUUUCUGCCAUCAAGUCCAGGCUAUAUGAAAAUUGAAUAUUAUUGUGUCUCAAGGUAAAAUAAUUAUUAUUCAAUUUACUUAAAAACAAGUUUACAAAAACUGACAGUGUCUCUUUUAAGGUAUUUAUCAAAAACAUAUUGCAUUUGCAAGUACUUGCUGAAAGCCUGUAGUGACUAGGUCUAAAGCAUACCAAGAUGUUAAGAGGCGAAUUAAUUUUUCCUUAUCACUAGUCACGUGUUAGUUUUAGCUCUGAAUGGUAUUGUAAUGCAGGAUCUUGAGCACCCGAGAUAAUAAAUACUCCCCUUUAUGUAUAUUAUAUCAUGCUGAAAGUAAAGCUGUAAUUAAUCUAUGUUUAUAAUAUUGUGGAAAUAUAUAGUAUAUAAAUACAUUCAGAUAUAUCUCAGUUUGCAUGAGAAAUAUUAUGCUUAUCAAGAUCUGCAGAGCCGUGAUGCUUUCAAGUAAUUCAUGUUUAAGCUAUUUGUUUUCCUUUCGCCAAGAGCCUGUAUGGAAUUGUUUCCCCAUAUAUCUCAUGAGCAGACUUAGUUGUGUGCUUGUGUACGAAACUGUAUGGUGUGUACAUAAAUGUGCUAUUCUUCUAAUUGGCAUUGUUUUACCCAGGAGCGAAUAUUAUGUUCGGAAAUAAACUUAACCAAGUCCCAACAAGAAAUGGUAAGUUUGCUUCUUCCACAACUUUUUUUAUCUUAAAGUUAUUUGAUGCUAAGUAUUAAGUUUAAUCAAAAGCUAUGUAAUAACCUAAACUUUUGAAAUGAAUGUCCUGUGCGAUCUCGUAUUCUGUCAGUGUGGCUAAAACUUCCAAGUGCCUUACUUCCAACCACUCCCUAUACAGUUCACUAUCCUUCAGAGCUCUACUCCUUUAUGCACUCACUAUCUUUUCUCACUCUAAGCUUCUAACGGGGGAAAAAAUCAAGUCACUGGUGCCAAAGAUGAAUGAGAAGUUAUACCAGCCUAACCGCCGGCUUAUUGAAGCGUUAUAUAAAUACCUAGUUCCCGGCGUUGUCUUUUUUGUUUGCUUUCCGCAACAAAAUGCUGAUUUAUGUCCAUGUUUACCAUAGAGCGAUAUAGUGUGAUUAAGCUAUUGUACAGUAAUCCUAAUUAUGCUGUGAAAAAUUCCUUUAUUUGUACUUAAAAGUUGUCAGUCAAACAGGAAAAAUAUGGUGAAAUAAAAUUUAUGUUAAGCUUGAA